AUGGUGACCUGUCCCAGCACGGCAAACCACCUCGCCAUAAACCCUGCUGGGAAGCAGAUAACAGCGGGGCUGAAGUCCACCACGGGGCAGGUCCCGGGGAGCAGAUUCCAGCCCCGGGCUGGCGGCGUGGGCUCCCCUGCCAGGAUCGUCCUCCCCAGCAUGGCCACGGUCGUCAACACCUGCGACAGCGCAGCCGAGCAGCUCUGCAACUUCGUCUGUGACUGCGGCGACUGCUCCGAUGAGAACCAGUGUGGGUACCUGCAGGGCUCAGCGGUGCUGGGCGUCCCCUUCAGCUGCGAUUUCGAGGAAGGCGACUGUGGCUGGCAGGACGUGAGCACCUCAGCUUACAAAUGGGUGCGGGGCCAGGCCAACCUGGCCGCAUGGGGCACGGGACCCCACUCUGACCACACCGUGGGCACCGACCUGGGGUGGUUCAUGGUGACCGUGUCACCCCCGGCAAAGACCACGGCCACAGCCUGGCUCAGGUCCCCGGUGAUGCAGGAAGCAGCUGCCACGUGCGAGAUCAUGGCCUGGUACCACCUCUCAGGAAGUGGACUCAACGGGACGGAGCAGCCGGUGCUGCGCCUGGCCAUGGCGUAUGGGAAAGAAGUGGUGGAGCUGUGGCAGAGCCCCCAGCACAGAGGCGAGGGCUGGCACCAGUUGGUCGCCUACCCCGGCCGGGUCACGGAGCCAUUCCAGCUCACGUUCUCCCUGACACAACCGCCGGCGAGCGGGGCAGAGCUGGCGCUGGACGAUAUCAUCUUCAGGAACUGCGGCUUGCAGGCGCCUGGGCAGCAGCUCUGUGAGACAGAGGAGAGCCUGGCGUGGCACCGCUUCUGCGACGGCACCGACGACUGCGGGGACGGCUCGGACGAGAACGCGCCGCAGUGCAAGUCCUUCACCCGCUGCUCCUUUGAGCAAAACCUCUGCGACUGGGAGGCAAAGGCCGGGCAGCUGGUGUGGGAGAGGAACACGAGCCUGAAGCUGGGGACCGCAUACGGUGUCCCCACCCGGGACCACAGCAAUAACAGCCUGGCAGGUUCGUUCCUCCAUGUGGGCAAUGCCUCAGCCACGGGGACCAGGGGCAUGGCCCAGCUCAUCAGCCCCACUUUCCAGGCCACCAACUCCUGCUCCCUCGUCCUGUACUGCCACCUCCACGGCUCUCCCACCAGCAGCCUCAGCAUCUCCUAUGUGGUCAACUCCGUGCAGCACCUGGUGAGGGAGAGGACAGGAGACCUGGGCAGCUGCUGGGUCCGGGAGAGAGUGGACUUCAACGUGACCACAAGUUUCAAGAUCCUUGAGGGGGUGGCCGGCGGCACCGGGACUGUGGCCAUCGAUGACCUGAUCCUGUCUCCGGGCUGUGUGCGGGUACACGAGAAGACCCCGAUGACGCUGCCGAGCCGGGCGGGUGCGGGCUCCUGCGCUGCUGGGGAGGUGGCCUGUGACAGUGGGGACUGCAUCAGCGAAGAGCUGGCCUGCGACUUCACCAAGACCUGCACCGAUGGCUCCGAUGAGAAGCACUGCGUGGCCCUCCAGGCAGGAGAAGGACAAAUGCUGGACGUUGCCAAGGCCCGCACACCUCUGCUGGGACCCUCCGGUCCCACCUGUGCCCUGGAGAUGAGCUACAGCAUCCGCAGUGGCCCCCAAGCCCCGCUCUGCCCCAUCGCCACUGUCCUUGACGUCAAAUGGGUCCGCGGCACAGGGCAGGGCCAGGGCUCCGGCCACACCACUGGCACAGGUCAUUACAUGGUGGUGAGCACGGGCAGGGGCUCUCUGCCUGUGGGGCGCACGGCUGCCCUCACCUCCCAGCCCUACCAGUCCUCCGCACCCGCCCACUGCUUGGCCUUCUGGUAUCAGCUGAGCACCAAGACCCCAGGCUCCCUUGAGGUCUUUGUGGAGCAGAAUGGGAUGCGGAGGAAGGUGAUGGGCGUGAGCACCAUGGAGGGGGACGCCUGGCACCGCGACCACGUCACCGUCCAGCCGGAUGGGGACUGGAAGGUGAUAUUUGAGGCGGUGGGGGCUGGGGGUGACCACGGGUACAUCGCGCUGGAUGACCUGCACGUUUCGGAUGGAGCCUGCCCUGAGCCAGCAUCCUGUGACUGCGAGCGGGACAUGUGCGGCUGGAGCAGCCCCCCGGACCCCCGCCUGCACAGCUUUUUUUUUUGCGUCCCUCUUGCCAAGUACCCCGGCCCCGAGCAGGAUCACACCCUGGGCACGAGGAAUG